AUGGCAGAUCAAUUUACAAUUCGCAUAAAAAAAUUUAUGCAGAAUCCUCUUUUAUGUAGAAAGCAAUUUGCUUUAGAAAUUUUACAUCCAAAUAGAGGAUCAGUAUCAAAAAAGGAAGUUAAAGAAAAAUUAGCUAAAAUGUAUAAAUUAAAUGAUGUAGGUACAAUUAUUUUAUUUGGUUUUAAAACUUUAUUUGGUGGUGGUAGAACGAAAGGAUUUGGCUUAAUUUAUAAAAAUGUGGAAGCAGUUAAAAAAUUUGAAAAAAAAUACAGACUUAUUAGAGAAGGAUUAAUAACAAAAGAAACUAAAACAGGAAGAAGAGCAGCAAAAGAACUAAAAAAUAGAAGAAAAAAAGUUCGUGGAACAGAAAAGACAAAAGUAUCUGGAGCAAAAAAGAAAUAA